UUUGGCGUCCAUCUUUUAAUCUUUGAUGUGUUGUGUUGUUAACAAAAAUUGUUAUAAAAAUACUUAUAGAGCUUUUACUCAUAUUAUAACAGACAUUUUUUAUUCACGGUUUCAGUGUGGAAGCUAUUUCAUCAAAUUUCAUCUUGAUGCAGUGCACAAAUGGAUAGGUUGAACCAGUUGCGAGGCGAAGCGGGGAGCUCUCGGGACUCGACACUGGACACCACGUCUCCGCCGAGCGAGGCUUUCAUGACCGCUAAUGAGAGCUCCUCUAAGUACUUUUCUCUGUCAGAAGUAGACUCGACAUUCGACAUUUCCCCAAUAAAGGAUGUUUCUUUGCCAUCGACGACUAUCACUACAGACAGCACGAUUACUGACUCCGACGACCAGCUUAUAUCUAAUUUGUCACCAAUUGGAAAAAAGAGUGAUCUGUUAGAUAGCUAUAAAAUUGGGAAACAAAUUGAAGCUGGUAGCAUUCUCUCAGGUGGCGUGGAUAUAUUUGAUGAUAAUGAUAAUUCAUAUGAUGGUGAUGAGCUCAUUAUCGAUGAUAAUGUUGACAUGGAUGAUAAGUCUAACUCUGAAAUAAAGGAGUCAGAAUCUGUUCAGUUCAAAGACAGUGAGGAUAAUGCCGAGAGUACUGUAGUGAAUGCUGAAACUGCAACAGAGAGUAAAGAUACAGAGGUGGUGUUGCAAAUAGAUGGUAAAAAUGUAGAUGCUAUUGAUAUUGGUAAUGGACUGUAUUUGUAUAGAAAAGAGGGACAGGAGGAACUUGCAGCUGUUCAAAUUAUAGAUGAUGACCAGCAUCAACCAAGUUUCAAGUUCCUUAAAGUUCGUGAAAAUGCGGAGGGAAAUUUAGAAGUUUAUGAGGAAAUACAAAUAGAAGUACCCAAAGAAGUGCCUAGUAAACAAGGAAAGAGUGCAGAUAUGAAUGUGUCACAUGUUCCAAUAAAGGACAUAAACAAAGUAAUGAGUGAUCAUUCAUGCAGCAAAGUUGUUGAAAAAAGUCAGAAAAUGUCUCAAAAUGAAGAGCAAACUUCUACAAAAAAUGACUUGGAGUAUGAGCUAAACAAAGAGUCGCAAUCUGAUACCAGAACUGAAUUAAAUGUUAAUGGUAAAAUGGUGAAAUUUAGUGAAGCAAGAAAGUCGCCGUUGAUAGGAAGUUUUACACCCAUGACGUAUCACUCUACACCAAAUAAAGAAGGCAUUCCUCUUACAAAAACUAUGGUGGAUCAACAGCUGCAUCCAAACAGACAUUCUGAUAAUGUGAAGAAGACUAUUGAAGUGCACACUGAUAGUUCCAAACAGAGAGCACUGGAGUCACAGAAUAGAUUAUCAAAAAGUAUCUUCGACGAAAAUAAAUCUUCCGAUUGUACUAUCGUUUCGAAAGAAUCAGAAAAAUCAAAUGAAAACAAUGAUAAAGAUUCGAAUUUGAAAUCUCUCAACACAAUACCACUUAAAUCAGAAAAUCAAAUACCCAACGAAAACAAAAAUAUAGAGGAAGUUACUAAAAUCUCUGCUGAAGUAAUUGAUAAUAAAAUUAGUGAAAGUAUUGAUAAAAUGGAACAAACUGUAAAUGCUAAGAAAUCUACUAAUGAAAGCGAGCAAUCGACUAAUACACAAGAAAAAAUAGCAGUAGAUAGGAAUAAAGCACAAGAUAAAGAAGUUGCCAAUACUGAAGUUUCACUAGUUGGACAAUUGCAACAAGAAAAUAAGUUGAAUAAUUUUAAGCAAAGUGAUAAUUCAAAUAUAAUUUCAUGUAACGAUAGUGAUAAUAGGGCUGUUACAAGUGAUAAUGCAUUAAAAGAAAAUAGCGAAAAUAUUGAUAUUACGACAGACAAUAAAAUACAAGACAAGAAACAAAAUAUUUUAGUUACUGAAGACAGAAAAGAAGGUAAAGCUACAGAUACUUUUGAACGAAAUAAACCAGUUUCGGAGCCUACGGAAACUCUAAUGAAACAACCAGAUGAGCAAAAACUUGAAACAAAAAUUAUACCUAAACAGGAAGAUAUUAGAAAAGAUAAAUCUAAAGAUGAUGCAAUACACAAAUCAUCAGUUGUAGAUCUUACUGGAAAAACACAGGAAUCCUCAAAUUCAAGCUUAAAUAAAAAUGAGUUGGAAAGUAAACCAAUUACAGAUGGACCAGAACUCCAUUUACCAAAUGAAUCUCCACAAAUAAAUACAACAAUAACAGAAACAUUAGAUACAGCGACAGUGAAGCCUGCUGUUAAAAAAAUAUCUGACACACAUGUUUCUACUUCUGUAGUGGAUGAAUCCAUUAAAAUUGUACAUAAUAAAACUGAACUUAAAGAACAUUGUAAUAAUGACAGUAAAGAUAAACAAUUAGAUACUAAAGUAGUUUCCCCAAUUCAGAACAUAUCUCAAACUAAAACUGAGUUAAUAGAAAAGAAAGAUACACCAAAAGUCCAUAGUUUAAUACAAAAGCCUAUAAAUAAUAACCAUUCUGGUGUUCCUUUUGGCAAAUGGACUGAAGCCAAUAGACAAGAGUUUUUAAAUAAAAUUAAAGAAUCUAGGAUCCCUACAAAUAGUUCAAAUGGAAAACAAAUUAAAAAUUCUAAUGAUUUAAAUAGAAGAGACGUUUUGAAAAAAAUUGAUAGUCAAAGGCAGUCUAAUAUCGCUACAGCAAAGGCACAUGAAGGAUCAGGCAUUCUUAAAUCAGGAAUAAAAAAAGAAACGCAAAUUUUUACUAACAAAUUAUCUAGUGUGCAGGACGCUACAAAAACAGAAACAGACGUAAAAAUGAGGCCUAUACUAAUGAAAAAUCCAACUAAACAAGAAAAUGUUAUAAAAUCUCUAAAAGAAAUUCCUGACACUACAACAUUUAUGGCAGUAGAUAAAAAAGAAAGUACACAACGAAAGGAAAUUAACAAUCAACAUUUAAUUGAUAAAACAAUUGAAGGGAUUAUUAAUAGAGGAGUUCCUAAUAAACUUAAUACGGAAGAGGUCAGUCAAGAGUCUCUAGAAAAUGAUACAAAUACUUUAGAUGAUAUAGAGGUGAAAAUGAAUAAAAUACAUGGAAUUUCAUUGGUUGAAAAAUCUCAACCAGAAGUAUCUUCAGCAUCAUCUAAACAGGCUUUUAAAAGUUAUUCAAAAACUGAUAGUGAUAAAUCUGUUAAUAAGCAUAACAGAAUGCCAAACUUAUUGCCGUUUAUUAAUAAAACCUCACAAAAGAACACCAAUGAUAACUUAAUAGAUAAUUAUUCUGAAGAAGAAAUUAUAGAACACGAGCCUAUAACAGGUGACAUUGAACCAAACAAGAAUAUCUUGAUCAAAUCAUCAACAAAAGAAACUAUUCCGCUAACUGAAUCUUUGAUUGUAAAAAGUAAUAAGGAAGAUUCUAAAAUGGAAUCAAUUAUAACAGAAAAAGAUUUUGAUAAAUUUGCUAGAAGAAAUUCUAUAACUUAUGAAAAUUGUUUAAAAGUUAACUUCGAUGGUGGUGAAUCACCCAACGUGAUCAAAACUGUCGUUGAAAAAGAUAAUGCUUUGGUGUAUCCUAAACAUAACAAAAAUGAAACCAAACGCGCUGACAACAAAAUUAUAUCGACUCAGAAACUUGAUACUUACAAUCAUCAUACACAAUCAAAAAAUACGUCAACAACGAUUAAAUUUGGAUUAAGUUCAGAUGUUUCUCAUAAAAGUUGUCCUUCUAAAGUGAAAAUGGCUUAUCAGUCGGUAAUGACAGCGAAACGACAUUUAGAACGGCCGUUUACUAUUAUUGAAGAUAAACCAGUCAAGGUUGUUUAUAUGGAUACAAAUGCAGAGUAUAUUCCUACUCAAUUAAAUGUUCAAGGUAAAGAAUUAACGUCAACUACAAAACAAUAUCCUAUUAUUGAUACUAAUACCCACAGUUCUUGUGAUUCGUUAGAUUCAGACCUCAUGGAGACCAUCGAGGAGGGAAAAUCUCAAGAUGAUGUUAAAAUUAAAAGCAAACAUCAAAGAAAACAGGUCCUAACUCCAGUCGAAACACCUGAAUUGGAACUUAUUGAGCCUGAAGAUUUAGGUUUUGAUAUUUCUCCUAAAAAGAAACGGAAAACAGAUGAGAGUAAAAUUGAAAAAAAUGCAAAAGCUAUAGUUCCAAAGAAAUCGUAUUUGUUAGGACGUAGUCCUACAACAGUAGAAGAUAAAGUAAUUCAACUGGCAAAACCGUUUGAUGUGACAAAGAAUCUCAAAGAUUAUUCUAAACCACAUGAACCUCAUCCAAGGAAUAAAAAUACUGUCUCAGCCAUAGACAAUUUAGUUAUGGCUGCAGCAUUAAUCGAAACCCAAGCUGAAAACAUUAAAUCUAACAUUAUCAACGUCAAUAAUUCUGAUAAUCAAUCAAAUACGCCAGUUAAAAGAGGGAGAGGACGACCAAGAAAAUAUCCUCUUCCUGAAAUAGACUCUGAAAAGAAUAAAAAUUUAUCUCCUCAGAAAAAGUCAAGAGUGUCAACGGAUGAGAAAAUAGAUGCAUCCAUAAGAAAUAUGGAAGACGAUAGUAGUGAUGACGAAGUAGUAAGAGAAAAUUGGACAAUGGGUAAAAUCAAUGAAAAUAUUGUAUGCCCCAUUUGUGGCAAACUGUUUAGAUCAGAAAAUGUCGUUUUUAAACACGUUAAACAUUGUACGGGCCCUUCGCCUAAUCGAUCCGAAUCAGAUAAAAGAAGAUCAAGACAAUCACAAGACUCCGAAACAAAAGACGAUGAAAUCGAAAGUAAAAAUAAUAUUUGCCAAAAGGAAACGUCCAAGAAACAGGAAUCCAAAGAUAGUCCUAAACAUAUUCUGAAUAAAGAUGAUGUCAUUCUAAUUGAAGAUACUCCUAUUAAGGAUAAAUCUGGAAAACGAGAAGUGAAACAGGAAAGGAAAGUAAUUAAAAGUAAAACUUUUGAUAAAGAUAAUCUUGUUUGUGAAUUUUGUGGUAAAACAUUUAGACAAUUGUCAUAUUUGGUUAGCCACAAAUUGCAACAUGGUAAAGACGAUUUAAAGAAAAACAAACCUGACAGUCAGCCCUUUAAAUCGGUAUUUAGUUGUGAAGUUUGCAAAAAGGAAUUUAGGAAAUUACAUCAUUUGGUCCAACAUAGGAUUAUUCAUAAUUCAAACAGCAACAUGACUGCUCGUUUGUCAAGGAAAUACUCUUCUGAACGGAACGAACAUAAAAUUGAAAAUGACCAAAAGACUUCCAAACACACAGAAGAUCCUAGCGCUGGUUUCCGAUGUGAACCUUGUGAUAAAUCAUUUAGAAAACUGCAUCAUCUAGUUGAACAUAGAGAAACUCAUGAUGGUAUUAACAGACAAAAAAGUACCUCAUCCACACAAAUUAACUACGAAAAAUCUAAUCCCCCAUCGCAAUGUGAAAUUUGCAAGAAAACUUUCAGAAAAUUGCAACAUUUAAUUGAACAUAAACAACAACAUUUGGAAACAAAUUUGGAAAAAUCUGAUAAUAAAAAUCUAAAAAGUUCUUUGUCAGCAAAGGAUAUAAUUCAUGAAUGUUCACUAUGUUAUAUGGUGUUCCCUAAUGAGCAUUCUUUAAAUAAGCACACCAUAAUUUGUCAAAGAAAAAAGAAACAAUCUGCUGCUAAACAGUUAAAACAAAUAGAAAAAAAUGAAUUGAAUGAAGACAGUGGUGAUGUCGAAGAGUCCAAACAAGAAACAAUAACAGAAGAAAAUAGCGACGUCGAAACUGUAGAAGAUAAAAUUUCAUCCGAUAAAGAAAUUGUACUGGAAAAAAAUUCAACAAGUCUUGAUAUUGUGGACAAUGUAGAAAUAGCCAAUGUCACGGAAGAUUCACGAUUGGAGGAAAAAAUAUUAGUAGAACCUGAAAAUGAAGUAAUACUGCAUACUGAAAUCGAGAAUGAUGAAAAUAAUGUGAAAACAGAAAACGAUACUGCUAAACCAGCGAAGGAUCAAUCUGAAACGCUCACCAAAGAUGCAAAAACGGAAGAAAGAGAAAUAUUAAAAAAUCAAAAUACGCCUAAAAGGAAGUUGGUGUCAAAAGAAAAAGUUCAACCGACAAUAACUAAACGUCAUAAAACUAUAAACGCACCUCUUCCUAUAAUCUCAGAUGAUGUACAAUCUGUUAUAUCUAGUGAUGAUGAUGAGAUUCGGUAUAUGCUUAAUCCCAAUUUUAAAAGCGACACCCCAGAGUCCAAGUUGUUUAUGAAAGUUAGAGCUAAAAAAAGAAACUCUCUACAAAUUGAACGGCCUAACUCUAAAGAUCUAGUCAAAAGACGAAUAUCAUUACAACACCCACCCAAAGUUCCUCGAUUAAAAUCGAAAUCUAUCGAAAAUAAAGAUGUGCCUGUCAACACACCUAAUCUUGCAAAAACUGUUGUUAAACCACCUGCAUUAGAUCCAGUGCCUUCCACAGAUUCCGACGAUAGUGAUAUUAAAUACUCUUUCCCCAAAACUGUUGUCGAAAAGACUUCCAAGUCUGUAUCACACGAAUCGCCAAAGAAAGAUAAGAAAAUUAAAAGAAAACCUUUGGAAGAGAAAAGAAAAUCACUUACUAAUAUAGCUAGACGUAAAUCACAGGGCAAAAUAAUUUCCGCUAAAUCCAGUGUAAAGCCGUUGCCUAUAAAACCAAUUAAAAGACGAACAGCAGAGAUUGAGCACAGAUGUGAUUGUGGCCAAUUGUUCAAUAGUGCGGCGCUACUGUCUCGUCAUACGACGGUAGCGCACACGCCACCGCGGAUACGUCGCCGACGGUCACCGCCACCAGAGGUCGAUAAUAAGACGGUCACAAAAUCGGCACCAAAUAAAUCUAGUGUCGCCGGGAAAUCGAGAAAGAGUGUCGAUUUGAGAAAAUCAAGUGUUACAAGUAAUUCCGCUACCGCUACCAUGCCGGAUAAAGCGACAAGGAAGUCGAACGUUAACAAAAGUGACGCCAAGACACCUAAUCGCAAGUCAAUCAAGUCUGGUGACCAGUCGUCGCAGAGUGGCGUGUCUUCCACGAAGCCGAGGCGGGGCGCCGCCCACAGGGGAGUGCCUGUACCGGAGAAAAUGAGAAAACUCAUGGAGAGAAAGAAAUGAACAUUGAAUUAGUGAUGGUGAGUCGUUUGUUGUAUUAGAGCGAGUGUAAUUAAGCGAUCGGACUGAAUUCUCAUUUCCUAGAAUAUUUUUUGGGAAUGAUAGGCUAGUUUAUGUUUAGGCGAAUCGCUAGUUAUAAUUAAAUAUAAAGUCAUACAUCACAACGCUCUCAAUAAAGUAACAGACGGACCAUUGUUUGUAUCAUAGGAAUAUUUUUACAAGUAUUUAAGAUGAGCAUCUAUAAACAAUAUUUUGAUCGUUGAUCUUGUCUAUAUGUAAAUUUGAGAACAUAAAAUUACCUAUAGAUACCUAUAUUUUGUCAAUUUGUUCUAGAGCUUAGUCAUAAGUAUAUAUGUAGGAGAAUAAUUAUUUAUAUUUUAUUAGUUGUAAGAAAUGGAGUAAAACAUUUGGCAUUAUUGUUUCGUUAUAGUUUUGUCGUAUUGUUCACUAAUUAUUGUGUUUUAUAAAUGAAUUUCGUUUAAACCAAUAUAUCAACACCUAAAAUCUCAUUCAACAAUCUUUGAAAUUUAUAUAUAAUUCGGUUUAUUUGAAUGAAUGACUGUUUAUUAAAGUUAAAGUAUCAAUAAGUUAAUUUUUUUCUUUUUAUUAUGAAAUUCUAUACUCCUGUGUGAAUUCAGUGCAAUUUCUCUUUUGAACUGCCGUAUUUGAUAUUUAUGUUUAAAACACAUGUUUGAACAAUGUGUUUAGUUUGGAUAGGUGAUGAUGGCGAAAAGAUUUUUUUUUAUUCGAUAUCAUAGUGACGUUACCGAAAGUUUAAUUUUGCAUAAUUUUACGUAUAAUAAAUAUUACGUUGUAUGAAUUUAGUUUAUGGAUUUAAUAUUACAAUGAGUUUGUUUCGAAUGUUCGUUAUAAAGUAUAAAGAACAGAGUCAGCCAAAAGUCCUCCUGAUAAGCAAUGACACUAAAUAAGUGAUAAACUUCAAUUGUUAGUGUUACUGUGCGUGUGAGAUAUAAUGGGACGUAAAACGUACUGUCUCAUUCUUUUCCAUUCAUGCAGUAGCGUAAACGGUUUUCGAAAUGGAUUUAUUUUUCUUCUUGUCUUAAUAGAGGGCCUGACGAUCUGUCUCAUCCUUUUUGGCAUGUAGGAUGACUGACUAUAGUUAUAAAAAGUAAUGAUCAAUUCGCGUAGCUAUAACUGAAGCGUAAGCUCUUUGUCUAAGUCAGAUAUCUGCAUACCGUUUAAAAAAAAAAUAGGAUUUCAAAGUUUAAUUCUUAAGCGACUUGUCACACAGUAAAAAUGCUCCGUGUAUUGGAUUCAUGCUAGUCUAUUAUUAUUUGUUAGUAUUUUCACAAAAUGUAUAUUUCUUUUUUUUUAUAUAUAAACCAGACAAAGGACCAGUUUGCAACUUUAUAUUUAAAAAUAACAAUAUAGGUACGAAGUUUAUCCGAUUUUUGUAACCAAAUUCCUAGCGAACAAUACAUGAGCCUUGUUCUUGAUAUAGUUUCUUUUAUUUGGACAUACAUACAUAAUAGCACACCUCUAUGAAUGUUGUUCUAAAUUUAAACUUAUCUCUGUCAUAUCCAUAAUUUAUAUGUGAUACAAAUUUUUAGUAUCAAUUAUAUUAAGAAAGCCCCUUUAACUGGGAUCUUGAUUGAUCCAUCCUUUCCAACAUGGGAAUAUAUAGUAUAUGUUAACCAAAAUGUAAAUGAACAUAUGCACAUAACAUAUCUUCAUGGACAAUAAGUUUUAUAUAAAAAAAUGUGUACUCAAUGUAUAGAUGAUUUUAUGUUAUAUGCAUUGAUAUUUACGGUUGAAUAUUCCCUGUUCCAUUUACAGGAAUUUUGUAACAAAAAUCGAAUACUGCUCUGUAAAGAAUUGUUCUUUGUGCAUGUAUUACUGACAUAUCCUUCAUACCAUUUCGAGUAAACUAAUUUUAUUAAUUACUGUAGGAGUGUAGGAUGUAUUUUAUGAGCUUAAAUACAAUGGGACCGAUUCUGAGAUACCAUUUCUCUAAAACCUAUGUCUAAAUUUAAAAUAACUAUAGCAAAAUGUUUUUUCUAAGGACCAAUAUGAACUAAAUUUCUAAUAUAUUUUUUUUUUAAUUUGAUUAACAUGCAUAAAUGCAUUAAAAAAAAACUGGAUUUUUAGUACCACUUAAAGCACUUAAAGGCUUGUGUGUGGUACUUUACAUUUCGUUCUCAAAUGUCAAUAUUUACAUUAAUAUUCUGCUGUUUUAGCAAGGUUGGACAGUAAAUAAGCUUUCAGUUUAAACUUUAUGUUUUUAACAGUGAUAUUGUUUCGCGAGUCGGUAGAUAGAGAAUUUACUAAUCGCGGUAUAAGGUAGGCGCUCGUUCGCUCGCCAUAGUAUGUCAUAAAUUGUAGUGUUAUUAAUUUAAUUUAUUAUGGUCCAUAGUGCAAUAAUUUUGCUAAACUAUUGAAAUGACGUCUCAGAAUCGAGCCCAUUCUCUUCAAUUAAUUUGAUUUGAAGGAAUUGUAAAAUAUAUAAUUACCGUAUAGUGAAAUAAGCGCUUCCCAACUAAUGGAGUUUGAAUUAUUUGGCGCGUCAAUACAGUCGUAUAUGUAUGUUUUGAACAUUUUAAAAGUUUAAUAAAAAUAAAAAAAUAAAUAAAAUAAAGAAAUCAGAUUUUUCUGAUGCACAAUGAUUUUGAUAAAACUCGAUUUAGAUAAAAUCUUAAGGGUUAUACGUAGUUAGACCAAAAAUGACUGUCUAAAGCAAUUUAAAAUGUUUUGUUUAAAAGAAAUUGUCAUACAGUAUAAUGGUGAUGGCAGAGUUUUCAAUUAGGCAUUUUUAAUUUAACUCAUUACUCUUAAUUCUAAUAAAUCUAUGAAUACGGUAUAAUAUGUUGCAUUGUAAGUGUAAAAACUCGUUUACGGAGACUCGGAACAGUGGCGAGAUACGUAGAAUAGUAUGUUACGAAACUUGUGGUUUGUUUCAGCGAUUAAAUACAUACGCGUAUAUGUAGAUAUUUGUGAGCGUAGUGAUUACGCGCAUAUGUAAAUUAAUUACACUUAUUAUGUUACGGAUUACGCAUGCGCAUUAUGUGACACCUCUAUAUAAACAGGCGUAAUCCGCACAAAGGUCAUUACCGUCGUGCCAUCCAAAGCUCCCAUCUCCGUAGACGAUAUCUAAACGUCGUCCGUAGCGACUAAAACUAAUAAAACAAACAAUUAGCAUAAUUAUUGUUGAUGUUGGCUAAUACCAUGGGUUUUAUUAAUGGGUGAAAAUGGAAUGAUAACCCCGCCCGCGCUAUCGGUAUACACCGACGAGGCACCAGUGAAAGAUGAUAGGUGAGAAUGAAUGCAGGUCAGUUAGCCCACCAUGAUGAAUUCGACAAGAAUUAAACAUGAUGGUUUCCAGGGGGAACCGCGUGGAGUUCGACCUGAGGUCGUGGCUAUAUUGAUAGCAAUGGGCUAUUAGACCAUUACUAACAAUUUCUUGUCCCCCAAUUCCAUGGGUUAGCCAAGUCCAUUAGCUGUCUCUACAUUGCAAAAAUCUACUUAAACAUGUUUUCUAUAUUUUGGACAGAUUUGAUUUAUUUACUGGAUGAGAAUAAAAUGGUUCAUCCUUCUAUAAUAAUGGAAUGAUAGAGUAUUAGUGGCGGCUGGAAACAAUGAGGUUCAAGUUAGACAUAUUAUUUAUUUAAACUUUAUUUAUUAUGGAUUUAAUGCUCAAGGCAUUCUCUACCAUCUUGACCUAUCAAGGCAAAAUCAUUACAAAUAAACCACGAUGGUUUCUAGAGGGGAUCGUAUUGUUCAAAUUGACGAGACAUUUUUUUUUAUGGGUAAAAAUGGAAUGGAAACUUCGUCUGCGCUAUCGGUAUGGGCUAUCUGGGCACCAGUGAAAGAUAGAUAAGGUUGAAAGUUAGAAAGUUGGCCCAUCAAGAUGGUUAGCAGGGGAUAUUGACUUAAUAGGGUAUAUUGCUAGCAUUGGAACUUUUAGAUCCCCAUUACUAAGUUUCAUCCGAAGAGGCGUAAUUUACACUCACGUGACAGACUUGCUGCUUAAAACAGGCCUGAGGGCCUACCAUGAAAUGUUUUCCGAAAUUUCGGAGCCAAACGAAACAGAAAUUUGAUGUUACAAUUACAUAAUACAUGCCGUUUGGGAAUAUUAAAAAUGUUAAAAUAUUGUUACUUUUGACUUUUAUGAUGGGAUGUAUGACGAAAGAAAUGUUAAACUCCAUUUAUUGGUCCGAUUCUGGUAUAAACAAAAACACGAAAUUGAGUUCGAAAUUUCGGAAUUUCAUUUCAUGGUAGAUCCGCUGGUUGGUGUUUUGUUUUGUUAGAUUUUGUUGCUACGGACACAUCCUAAGAGAGGUAAAAAUUGUUAUCAGUCGGUUAACGUGUGAAUAUUCAUAGAAUGGUACUCUUUCAAGUUACGUUCAAACUUGGACCAAAAUAUCUAUAACAAUUUCUCUGUUUCUAAUGGUAAUAAUAUAUUAUGUUGUUUUUAAUUUAAAAUAAUUGUUAUAUUACUCUCGUGACUAACAGUGUAAAUGUGAUUAAUGACUAAAAGAGUAGACCGUCUCGUGAGAUUUAUGUUUUAGAAGCAUUUAACAUCAAAUGAAAUUUUAUAUAUGUAGAUGAUAUCAUUAUUUUUAAUAUGAUGAUGCAAUUUUGAUUAAUGGGUUAUCAAUAAAUUGUCUAAAAUAAA